AGCCUUUUUUUCUUCUAUUUCUUCUUCGCAAACUCGACCUCGGAAUCUCUCACUCCGUUUUUUCUCUUCCUGUGAGUGCGAGAGCUUCUGCUUCUCUUCCAUCUCCUGUCCUUGUGAUCAGUGAUCCCUUGUCGACGAAGAACUCGAGAAGGAUUAGGGAGAGAGAGAGAGAAUAAAUAGCAAAACUCAAGAGUUUGAACCAAAGAAGAUUUGAAUCAAAGAAGAGAAAAUCAUGGACGAGAAGUCCGCAGUAGCUCUCGAAUCGGCUUUCUACGAAGACGAUGAGAGCAGCUCUAACAACGCUUCUUCCAACAACAACCAUGGCUGGCAGAAGGUUACCUACGCAAAACGCCAGCGGAAGCCCAAACCCUCUGACGCCGCCGAUCCCAGCAAAUUCCGGCCAAACGGAGUUGUCGUCGUCGGCGACGAGCCCAACGUUUUCCAGUCUCUCGAAGAGCAAGCUAAGGAGCGUCGCCGGCGGGUCGAGGCUCAAAAGGCGGCCGCUGCUGCUGCUGCUGCUGCAGAGUCCGUAGUCAAAUCGAAACACCAUUCGGACGAUGAUGGUGAUGACAGCGACGUUGAAGCAGCUGAUGGUGGCGAGAAUGCGGCAACGGAAGAGAAGAAACCCAAGCAGAAGAAGCCCAAGAAGCCCAAGGUCACCGUUGCUGAGGCGGCUUCCAAGAUCGAUGCUUCUGACCUUGCGGCACACCUUGCUAGCGUUACUGCUUCGUACGAAUCGCAGCAGGAUAUUCAGCUAAUGCGCUUUGCGGAUUAUUUUGGUCGGGCGUUUUCCCAAGUGAGCGCAGCUCAAUUCCCGUGGACCAAGAUUUUCAAGGAGUCUACGGUUGCAAAGAUCACCGAUAUCCCUUUAUCACAUAUUUCUGAGGCUGUUUAUAGGACUUCAACUGACUGGAUCAACCAGCGAUCUCCCGAGGCUCUUGUUUCCUUUGUUUUAUGGUCACUAGACAGCAUUCUUGCUGACCUAGCACAUCAACAGGGUCCUGCUAAGGGAUCCAAGAAGGUAGUUCAACAUGCCCCAUCAAAGGCUCAGGUUGCUAUAUUUGUAGUUUUAGCAAUGGUACUGCGACGAAAACCUGAUGUUUUAAUCAGCAUCUUGCCAGUACUAAGGGACAACACUAAGUAUCAGGGACAAGACAAACUUCCGGUUAUUGUGUGGAUGAUUUCUCAGGCAUGUCAAGGAGACUUGGUUGUAGGAAUGUUUGCAUGGGCACAUAACCUCCUGCCUAUAGUCAGUGGGAAAAACAGUAAUCCACAGUCCAGGGACUUGAUCUUGCAGUUGGUUGAAAGAAUUUUGUCUGCCCCAAAAGCUCGGUCUAUUUUGUUGAAUGGUGCUGUCAGAAAGGGGGAGCGUUUGGUGCCACCUUCAGCUUUUGAGAUGUUGAUGCGAACUACUUUCCCUCCACCUGCAGCUCGUAUCAAGGCUACUGAAAGGUUUGAGGCAAUAUAUCCCCCCUUGAAAGAGUUGGCACUUUCUGGUUCCCCUGGAAGUAAGGCAAUGAAACAAGUUUCACAGCAAAUACUCAAUUUUGUUGUCCAAGCAGCAGGAGAAGCCAUUCCAGAGUUAUCCAAAGAAGCAGUUGGUGUUUUCAUCUGGUGUUUGACUCAAAACCCUGACUGUUACAAAAUCUGGGACAAGAUUUACCUGGAUAAUAUAAAAGCCAGUGCUGCUGUCUUGCGAAAACUAUCUGAUGAAUGGAAGGAACACUCUGUUAAACAUUCCUCACUUGACCCACUAAAGGUGACUCUCAAAAGUUUCAGACAAAAGAAUGAGACAGCAUUGGCUAGUGGAGGGGAUGCUAGUGACGAAGCAUUAAUCAAGGAUGCUGACAAGUACUGUAAGGUGAUCCUGGGAAGAAUAUCACGUGGGCAUGGCUGCAUGAAGAGUGUGUUUGUUGCGUGCAUUGCUGUUGCUGUGGGUGCUUUGAUCAUGUCCCCAAACAUGGAGCCUUGGGACUGGAAGAAACUAUCUGUAAUAUUCAACUCCCCAGGAUCCAUCUGAAUAAAGUGUCAAGGAGAGAAAAUGGUUGGUGGCCAAUGGAGAAAGACAUCAAUGUGAAUUUUACAACGUUCGGCAUAAGAAAUGUAAGAAAAUUGGCCCAUAAAGUAGGGGCAGAGGAUGUGGUAUUUAUUGUAAACCAUACAAAGGCCCAUUGGCUUAAUUAUAUACUAGAGUUGGGGGAAGUGAAAAACUUCAUGAAAGUGCAACUUAGCUGACAAGAGUAAGGAGUGUUGAUGGUCUGUUUAGUCAUUUAGGAUUCAGCUGGCUUUCCUGUUUUGGUUAAUGCAUUAGAUAUAGCAUUUUUUUAUUUCUUUUUUAAGUUAUUUGUUCUAAUGUCUUUUAUACAUGCAAAGUGAUCUUACAGUGAUGGCUUUCAACACUUAAUGGAACCCAUGUUCAACCCUGAAGGAAUUUUGAUGUUAAAUUGUUUUAUUA